AUGGAAGCUAUAGGGUUGUCCACGCAGGACACGUUCUACGUAGAUCCUCGCGUUGAAGGGUGUGACAGCCUGUCGUCAAGAGCCCAGCGACUGGGCUUCAAGACGAGAGGCUUCUUGGGCGAGGGGGUGACGAUAUGCGUUGCGGCAUCAACAACCCCCUCGGCGGGGGACGGGGGAGCGAGUGAAGGUGCAGCGACACCGGGGGCGGCGGGCGGGGUGGGUCAGUCGCGCGGCCAGCGUCUAAGCCGAAUCCACCGAAUGGUCACUCAGGCUCAAACCGAGUCCAGCGCACGGCCGGGGCAACAAGCGCACACGUCCAUCGUGGACCAAGCGCGACAGCUCCGCGCGGCCGUCGUUACCGGGCAGACCUUCCGGCUCUGGCUCGGGCGGCAGGAGUCCAAACGGGGGGCCGGCAAAGGAGAAGGAGGGAGGGUGACGGUGGCGGCAGGGGCGGCGGUGGCGGGCGAGGGGAAGAAGGCAGCCGAUCGCCCGUUGAUCUCCCGCAGGGGUGGUGGGCAGCAGCGGGCGGCGGGCGCGAGCAGGUUCAAGUCGCGGGAGCACCCGCGGGUCGUGAUCAAGGACUUGGAUGGACUGGAGCCUGAUCGGGUGCAGGCGUUCCCCCCGGAGCUUUUGCGCAAGUGUUUUCUUCUCACGGACGCCCCGCCGGGAAUCUGCCCGUUCACCCCUCGAGAGCAGUGGGACCGCGAGGUGCUCAAGGUGAAGAAAAAGGACGCUCAGUGCGUCGGGGCAAAAGUUGCGGCGAGAAUGCCGCCGGCCGGCUCGCAGAAGCCCCGCCGGGGAGGCUGGUGCGAGUGCUGCGAGAUCCAGUACAUCGGAACCAUGUCGGAGCACUGCGCUAGUGAUCGGCACACGGCUGCCGUCGAGGCGGACCCUAACUUUGCGGCGCUGCUCGCGUUUGAGAGCUGGACGGGUGCGGAGGGCGACUCGAGCGUCGUCAGCGAUACAGCUCCGGGCCGAACGGCAGCGUACCCGACACCCAAAGCGGAGGUCGCCGGCCGCGACAGUACCGCCGUGUCGCCGGCGUUGCCGGGACCGGCUACGAAGGAAGGCCACGAAGAGGGGGGUGGUGAGGAGCCCCUCCUUCCGCCGGUGGCGGGAAGCGAGGCGCCGCAGGGAUGCGGGGAACACAACGACCAAAAUCCUAUCGCCCUGGGUACAGGUAGCCCCCCGUCAGGCCGCCGACAGGGCAGCGCUGUCUCGUCAAGCCGCGAAGGCGAGCGGGAGGCACCCACGGCGAAGAAGGAAGACUCGGUCUUGGAAGGAGGAGCGAUCUCUCCCUCCGGGCUGCGAGAAGCGACCGGAGGUGGCGGCGGCGGCGGCGGCGGCGGCGGCUGCGCGAGGGCCUCGCGGGGCUCGCCACGCCUCCGGCCGAAGCUGGAACAGCCGAGCGGGGUGGCUCUUUGCAGCAGCGAACCAGGAGCACCAGGAGAGUGUCGACAAGCGCCACCGAGAUUCAUGCGUGGGACUUGUCCGCCGAACGGAGACAGCCGGAAGGACCAUCGAAGACCAGGCUCCCCUGUCGCCGACACGCCGGCAACGUCUGUCGCGAGCGUCCCGUCCUCCCUAGCGGACUGCCGCAGCAAGCAGGACAGCAGCAGCAAGAGCUCGGUAUGCCCGGCCGAAUCGCCGGAGCAUGAUGUUCAAGGGCCGGACGAGUUGCCCCCGUUGUCGGCGUCAUCUUCGCCCACGUCGACGUCGUCCACACCGCGCACCGGGCGACGGCGCGGCACCCGCGGCUCCCGGGGAGAAAAUUCAAGCUCCGUGGUGGGCGGCGCCUCAUCUUCGUCGCCCGAUGCGGCACGGAGAAUGGACCUGCGGAUCGACGAGCGGAAGAAGGAGAAGAGGCAGAAGCGCGCGCUGGCGCUGCUCGAAGCCAGCGCGGGCUGGGUCGCGUCGGUCCGAGGAGCGGCCGGCCCGUGUCCAGGCGACCGCGCCGCCAGAAGCCUGGCGACCACCAGCGGCGGUCGUUCUUGCAGAAAGGUCGCCAAAGCCUCGCCGCCCUCCUCGGGGGGAAGAACGGCGGCACAAAGCCAGCGAGUGUCGAAGGAGAAGAGCCCGAGGGAAGACGUCGGCGGUGGCGGCGGCGGCGGCUCGCCUUCGACGGGCCGCACCACGGGUCCAUCGCGCGAGAACGAGGAAGGACAACAACAGUGUGGUGCUGCCCGUUCGGGGGUGGCGGUAGAGACAGGGUCGAACGCGGAGGCACGCGAUGGCUGCGGGGGGUCGGCUGGGACCUCGGCACGACAACGUCGCGCGCCGCCGCCGCCGCCGCCGCCGCCGUCUCCUGCUGAGGAUGCCCAUGGAAGGGAGCGGCUGCCCAAGAGAGCAAGGCUUCUGCCUGACAACGGACACGGCUACGGCGAGGAGGUCGAAAACAUCGCCCCCUCGAACAUCGCCCCCUCGAGCGGCCGGACACCACCCAGCGUGGAGACGAACAGCGGUGGAACCAGCAGCAGUGGAAGAAACCGUUGCAGCGCUCGCCAAGCACAAGCCUCGAGCACCGCUAGCAGGAUGGGGCUAGAAACUGCCGCAGCGGGCCAGCACAGCUCGCCGGCGUCGAGCGAAAGGACUCGAAGCAUUUCGCGCAGGCUAGGCUCGAAGUUUGCGGAGAACCAGACCGGUAGCUCCAACGCCGCGAGCACAGCGCGUACGAAACGCGCCGCGGUGGGCGCAAGCAGCAAUAUAGAACCACCCACAAGUAAGCGAGCGAGGGCGAAUGCGACCCGCCCGUGCACACGCUCGGAGUUGCCAAGACCAACGCGCCGGAAGUGCUUGUCUUCACCGGGGUCUUUUUUGACCGAAUUUUCGUAGGCCGACGCACUUUUUGGUCGCCAGAGGAUGAAAUUCGAAACUUGUUUUGUUACUUCUACGCAUGUAUGUUGUACAGGUCAUUGUCAGCAUUCGGAACGAUAUUUAUUUCGCAUCUAUCAGCUUCAAAGUUUUUUCGUGUUUCAGCGUGUACUGUAGUGAGGUCCGUUAGGGCUACUUGUUUGCUGUGGUAUCAGCUUCAGAUUCGGUGUAGCCACGCGUAGUUUUGGAUCGUUAGGGCUAUGCAUACUUGUUUGGUGUCGUAUUUAUCAGCUUUAGAGUUAUUCGGUGUUGC